AUGGCGGCCCAGUGCAGACACCAUGAGAGGGGAGCACAUAAUGAGCCGCCCACACCGCCAAAAGGGACUUUCGACUGGCUAUGCAACACAUUCUGGGAGGCGCUGCACAGCCGAGGGGCUACCUACCGCCAAGCAGAACUAAUGGUUGCCGCAUGGAUCCGACCAGCAGCGCGACGCAGCCAGUACAGGCACCCACCCAGAGCCUCCAAAGCGACCAUCAGGCAACACAGGUACCGCCGGUCUCCAAGGCGGGAAGGGGCGCUGGGCCUCGCAAGAACACUCCACUGCUCUCCACCACAUAAACCCGCGACCAUGCCACAAAAGACACACGCAGGGAACCCUCCAGACCCGACCAAUACUAUGCAGUGCAGCAUGAUCCGGAUUCCUGCGGGCGACGCCACAAAACAAAGGUUGGAGCGACUGCUCCCCCCUCAAGGCACCACUGGAGCUGACUCCCGGUAUGGAGACAUCCUACCCGAAGACCCCAAAGCAUGGACUCAUAUUGGCACUGACCGGGACUUCCCAACACUAGGCAUUGGCUGA